UCCCCCGAGAGCAACCGGAGGAGCAACUCACCUGAGAGACGGAGCCCCGGCUCGCCCGUGUGCAGAGUGGACAGGCCAAAAUCUCAGCAAGUUCGAACCUCUAGUACAAUAAGGCGAACCUCUUCCUUGGAUACGAUAACAGGACCUUACCUCACAGGACAGUGGCCACGGGAUCCUCAUGUUCAUUACCCUUCAUGCAUGAAAGAUAAAGCUACUCAGACACCUAGCUGUUGGGCAGAGGAGGGAGCUGAGAAGAGAUCACAUCAGCGUUCUGCAUCAUGGGGCAGUGCUGAUCAGCUAAAAGAGCAGAUUGCCAAACUGAGGCAGCAGCUACAGAGGAGCAAACAGAGUAGUCGGCACAGCAAGGAGAAAGAUCGUCAGUCCCCUCUCCAUGGCAACCAUAUUGCAAUCAAUCACACUCAGGCAACUGGAUCAAGAUCAGUCCCUAUGCCACUGUCAAAUAUAUCAGUGCCAAAAUCAUCUGUUUCACGUGUGCCCUGCAAUGUAGAAGGAAUAAGUCCUGAGCUAGAAAAGGUAUUCAUUAGAGAAAAUAAUGGGAAGGAGGAAGUGUCCAAGCCUUUGGAUAUUCCGGAUGGCCGGAGAGCCCCCCUGCCUGCACAUUACCGCAGCAGCAGCACACGCAGCAUCGACACGCAGACGCCCUCUGUCCAGGAGCGCAGCAGUAGCUGCAGCAGUCACUCACCCUGCGUUUCCCCGUUUUGCCCCCCGGAAUCCCAUGAUGGCAGCCCCUGCUCAACAGAAGAUUUACUCUACGAUCGCGAUAAAGACAGUGGGAGUAGCUCACCGUUACCCAAGUAUGCUUCAUCUCCCAAACCAAACAACAGCUACAUGUUCAAACGGGAGCCCCCAGAGGGAUGUGAGCGAGUGAAGGUCUUUGAGGAAAUGGCGUCUCGUCAGCCUAUCUCAGCCCCUCUCUUUUCAUGUCCUGACAAGAACAAGGUUAAUUUCAUCCCAACCGGAUCAGCUUUCUGUCCUGUGAAACUUCUAGGUCCUCUCUUACCUGCCUCUGACCUGAUGCUCAAGAACUCUCCUAACCCUGGCCAGAGCUCAGCCCUGGCAGCCCUGAACGUUGAGCAACUCUCCUCCCGCGUUUCCUUUGCUUCUCUUUCUGAAGACACCAGCACAGCAGGUUCCACAGAAACCUCUGUCCAGCAGCCAUCCCAGCAACAGCAGCUCCUGCAGGAACUUCAGGGCGAGGAGCACAUCUCUGCUCAGAACUAUGUGAUCAUCUAAAGCGAAGGGGGAGCUGGCCUCUACCCUACAUCCCACAAAUUAGGAACUAGGUCCCAGACAUCUUAUCUGCAUGGAGUGACAAAUUUUCUGACCACCACCACCAACAAAAAUACUUAUCAGCAUCCUAAAAUAUCUCUUUACACUGAUCUUGGCAGGGACGGAACUCCUAUCAGCAGUUUUUGUGGAAAGCAGUAAUGCUCGCAAAUUUGUGUCAUUCGGCGUUUAAGUGGAGACUAUGCAUUUCAUAGUAUGUUUGACUGAUUAGUACUGUGUCCUGUGUUUUGUUCCAAAUCCUUCAGUAUAAAUAAGCUCUAUAUCAAAAAGUUGCCUGUCUAACUAGAAAAUGUCUUGCUGUGUUUUGUCCUAUGGAAAAUACUGUACUUCAGGAUUAUGUUUACAAUUGAUCCAGGUGUUUGUUUCUAACUUCUGUAAUACAUACAAUGCAAAAAAUAAGCAAACAAAUGGCCACAACAGUUGCACAGUGCCCACCCUAUGGCCUAGCUUCAGGUACUUCAGUUGAAGUCUAAACUCAGGUAACUUGGAAUGUAUAUCAUAUUGGGAUAUUAAAUAUUUCACAGCUAAAAAGCUAAAGAGGGAACAUCACUCUUUUGCCUUUCCUUAGUUUAUGCAUUUCCCCUUCCUCAUUACAUUCCACAUUCUUAGAAUAAGAAGUGCAUUCAACCCUAGGAGAACAAUAAUCCUGGACAUGGGUGAACAUGAGGAGAACCAGCAAACCUGUGGUGUCUGACAUCACUUUUGUCAUGUGGUUACGUGUAAAACAACUGUUUUGCUUGCAUUCACUGUUUCAACGUGUAAAUGUGGCUUUUUUUUUUUUUUUUUAAAAAAACAAGUUCAGAUAUUGCUCUGUUGACAAUUACGAUGUUGCAAAAGGUGUCCAGGACUAGACUACACCUAAACAUUCCACAUUGUGUGUGAUAGAAUCUAAGAACAAGAAUGUCUAGGGGUUUUUUGUUUUGUUUUGUUUUGUUUUUCCCAGAACAAAUGAAGAAGAGGAUGGAAUGGUGGAGAGGUGUCAGUUACAGUGGCCAGCAGGGUCAUAAAAUGCUACUGUUUGAUCUAAUGGCGUAUUAAUGUUGAUUUUCUCUUCUGGAGAUUAUUUCAUUUGCAAUUAAAAUGACACACUUCUGGCUAUUGUUUUCCUCAAGCAGUUUAGGUACAUGAGUUCAUUCACUUAGAGAAUAUGUGGGACUCAGAAUUAGUGUAAGUAAGCAGGUUGUUCGGUGAGUUACAAAAGUAGUAGUUUGAAGCAGUCUCUUUUGAGCCUCUCAUAAUAAUGUCGUGAGUAGUUCUGUGGAUAUUGUGGAUGUGCGAAAUAGAGCAUAAACCAAGCGAAUAGCCUUGAGCUUGCAGACUUGGCCUAACUUUUCAGAAAGGUGUGGACAGAGCCCUACGAAUUCCUGAUUGGUCAGUGGAAGAACCUGACUUUCAGAUAUUUUCUGCAGCCCACAGAGAAUAUCCAAAAGUAAAGGGAGGUUCUGCAUUUUUAUUCCAUUGCUUUUCAGUUCAGUAAAACCUAGAGUUGUUUUAUCUACAUCUAAAGUGGAUGGCACAAUUCUCUCAAGAAUUAGAAAAAUAAGGUGCCUACAAUUUGAGGAACAGUUUCUGUUCCCUCUGGUCAUUCUGGGUUUUUCUUUGUUCUAUUUUCCAAGCGGAUUGAAGAAGGAACAGGUGGUAAUAAAGAAGAAAGCAACACCAUUGAUUUUUUUUUUUUAAGAGAAAUGGAGUGUGUGUUUAUUUGUGUGUGUGUGUGUGUGUGUGUGUGUUCUGUGUAUUAUUUUGUCAUGAUCCCAAUUCUUCCCACCAAAGUUUGCAGUAAUAUUCUCUCCUGAAGGUGCAUUCUGGCUCCUUUAAAUUAGUCAGUGUUAUAUUGGAGGAGACUGUCAUGGAAAAGGACUCAGUUUACUUUUGCCAUUUUCACAGGGGAACCUUUUAAAACAAUCUUUUCAGCAGCAGACACCUUUAACCCUAAUAAUCUCAGGCCUUGAUGAAAAUACUAUAUUUUGUAGAUUAUGGUUAAAGGGAGAAAAUUAUUAGUUCUGUAAGAUAAAUAUGAGCUCCAUUAACUUCUGAUACCUAGUUUAGCAUUAUAGACUGUGUUGCUCUUACGCUCUGCUUUUGUCCAAAUAAAAUGCAAUAGUAUCCAAUAUCAAUUUUUGAAAGAUGGACUGAAUAUACUUUUCUGGUGAUGAAAUCUGAUGUAUGAUAUUUAUAGUGAUGUGCUUUUAUUUUCUCAUGAGAAACGAAAUAUUAAUUGUGUUGUACAUUUGUUCUUAGCAUAUAUUAAAGUUUUGAACCAAAUGUGUUAAAACUUAUGCUUUGCCAUGUAAAUUUCCCAGAAGUUGUUGAGCUCAAAUGUAUCCUACACCCAGCUGUAGAAAUUUGUCAGAAAUUGUUUAAAUUUUGUAUAUAGUUGUACUGUUUAAUUCUAGCCACUGCGCUGAACAGUAUUCGAGUUACCAUACAAUAUGGCUUUACACAAGGAAACGUGUGGCUUUUGUUUUGUAUUUUUUCAGUAUAGAAGUUCCUGUGUCUUAUUUAAAUAAAGUUAUUAGUAAAACUG